UGUUAUCUGUUAAUGUAGUUUCUGGUGCAUUAAAGAGCAGACGGGAGUAGUUUCGAUUGUUUUCCAAGUUUUAUAUCGCUAUAUACCAACGACCAUGAAUCCCAAUAUGAAUAUGCAUGCUAUGCCACAGCAGCAACAGCAAAUGGGCGGAGUUGGUGUUGGUCCGAACACAAUGGGCGUCUCUCCUUUGAUGCAGUCCUCACCACAACAACCACAGCCCCAGCAGCAACAACAAAUGGCCCCAAAUCCUCAACAACAGCAACAGCAGCAACAACAACAGGCCGAUAAGCUGGACAAUGUUUCCAAAGUCAAAAUCCUAUAUGCACCAAUGCGUGAGUCCUUGCUGACAACAUUUCGAGCGGCCGCUUUCACUUUGCAACAAAAUAACCUGACCGACAACUUGAAACGCGAGAUUAUAAAUUCGUCCAAAUUCGAUAAACAUCUCGAAGAAUUCUAUGCCUAUUGUGAUCAAAUUGAGUUGCAGCUAAAAACUGUCAUGCAAUGCAUGCAACAAUUGUCGUCAAGCCAACAUUAUAUGCCCGGUGCUGUGGCUCCUUCACGUACGGAACCCUAUUUGCAAGACAACCCCGGCCCAAUGCCAUAUCCCACAUUUUUGAAUACGGUACGAGUACAUAUACAAAGUACUAAGGAUUUGCGCGAUACUCUUAUUAGUGCCUCUCAAAAUAUUUCGCAAGCCGAUUGAUGAUGAAUUGACAUGGAUUGAGCUAUUUCUGGUGAGGAACGGAAGAUGCAGAAAAAAUGCAAUUCAUGAUGCGUUAAUUUAAGAUUAGUGGUAAGGAUAUAAAAACAUACAAACUUAGAAAUGAAACUAUCAAUCAAUAAAUAUGCUAUAAAAAGAUUAAACACAA